GGCAGCUCUGCUUUCAGCUGCCCGUUCCCUCUGCGCUUCGUGUCCGGCCCAGGGCACGGGCACUCGCUGUGCCGCAGGCACCAUCCAGCAGCUCUGAGCAAAGUGAAAAUGCAUCUGCUGGGUCAGCCCAGCUGCGGGUAUUUCUAAGCUACGUGGUUUACUUUCUGGGGCGGAGCUGGCCACGAGUAUGGCGUUCUUCUCAACCUGUUUCCAGGUGCGCAGCUGAUGUGUGGCUUUCUGGGAGGCCGUGCUGCUCGCAGGGGUGCAGUCCCCGUCCUUCCCACCGUGGCUCUGUCCUGUGCGUUGAGGCUACCGUGCUGGCACCUUCGCCCUCCAGGCGCUCUCCUGAGCAGCCUGCCCGGGCGGGACUGCAGCCUGCUGAGCAAGAAGACGACAGCAGCAAAGUGGAAGGAGAAAAAGGCCGGGGAGGGCCGCAGCCUGCCAGGUUCCUCCUGGGAGGAGAGGUUAGCGAGCGCGGUGACUCCACUGUGGAGACUUCCCUAUCAAGAGCAGCUGCAGGUGAAGUAUGAAAGCCAGAGGAAGAUUUUGCAGACACUGGCAACCCUUCUUGAGGAGCUGGGCAUAGAUGUGCAGAAACCUGGUGGACUCUGCUGUCCUCUCCAGCCUGUAGUCCCUUCGCCUGUCAUUAAUGGCUACCGAAACAAAUCGACUUUCUCUGUGAACCGAGGACCAGAUGGGAACCCCAAAACCGUGGGGUUGUAUGUGGGAACUGGCAGAGCAAGAAAUAUUGUCUGUGUGAAAGCCAACCAUAUGGAGAACAUACCCCCAAAACACAAACAAGUAGCCCAGUGCUAUGAGGAGUUCAUCCGUCGCUCCCCCCUGGACCCCUGCAUCCUCUUCCACGAAGGUGGACACUGGCGGGAGCUUGUGGUACGCACCACCAGCCAUAGCCACACCAUGGCUAUCAUCACCUUCCACCCCCAGGAGCUGGGGCAGGAGGCACUGGCUACUCAGAAAGCAUUGCUUAAGGAGUUCUUCACAUGUGGACCUGGAACAGUCUGUGCCUUGACUUCACUUUAUUUCCAAGAAAGCACCAUGACACGCUGCUCCCAUGAGCAGUCCCCCUUCCAGCUCCUUCAUGGAGAGCCACACAUCUUUGAAGAAGUGCUUGGCCUGAAGUUUCGCAUUUCUCCAGAUGCUUUUUUCCAAGUAAACACAAGUGGAGCAGAAGUUCUGUACCGGGCGGUUGGGGAGCUAAGUCAGGCUGGUGAGGACACCAUGCUCCUUGACAUCUGCUGUGGAACAGGCACAAUUGGUCUCUCUCUGGCUCACAAAGUGUCCAAGAUUGUUGGUAUUGAGAUGGUGGAGAAGGCAAUAGAAGAUGCCAAGUGGAAUGCAGCAUUUAAUGGAAUUUCAAACUGUGAGUUUCACAGUGGAAAGGCGGAGGUCGUCUUACCACAGCUCCUGUCAUCGUGGGAGGAUGCCCGACCCCUUGUUGCUGUGGCAAACCCAUCUCGGGCUGGGCUUCAUCACAGGGUUGUGCGAGCCAUCCGAAACUGCAAGUCCAUCCGAAGGCUGCUCUACAUCUCCUGCAAGCCAGAGGGUGAAGCUAUGAGGAACUUUGUUGAGCUGUGCUGCCCUCCUGACCCAGGGAAGAAGCUGGCAGGAGAGCCAUUUGCCCCCAUGCUGGCUAUACCUUUUGACAUGUUUCCUCAUACUGUUCAUUGUGAGCUGGUGCUGCUGUUCACCCGCUGAUAAGGAGGAAGGCACGCUGGCUCUGAGAGCUUGGGAAGCAAUCUCCUACUGUCCUGAAGACUGGACUUGAUGCAGUUAGGAUUUAACUUAUUUUCUUGAAAGUUGUAUAAAAAUAUUUUUGCUUUGACUUUUACUUUGGGUUGCCUAACUACCACGUUCUGCAUGGAAACACUCGUAUUUCCUUGCAAACCUCUUGGGCUGCUGGUUAAAAAGCAGCCUGGAAAAUACCUUCUUCCUGGUAUUGUGCGUUUUCACCAUCAACGUGAAUAUGAAGUACUAAAAUCCACUAUAUUUUCUAAUACUGCCAUGCCAUUAGUUCUCUGCUUGCCUCAAGGAUAUUUCAGGUGUUUUUCAAGUUGAUAAUGAACUUGGUAUGAAGAAACCACAGAACUACAAAUCCUUGUGCUUCACUGGGCAAACAUUGACUUCUGGGGUCAGGGAAAUAUUUUCUGUAUAAACUUCCAAAACUAAUAUUGAAUUGCUGUCAGUCACAUGGAUAAGUUACAGGCCAUGACAAAGAUUUUUCUAUAAAAUGCAAUGAAGAAAAAAGAUUUCAGUGUCUCUGUCCACACCUGCCUCCCCCUUCUCUGCUAAUGCUUGCUGAUACCUAAAUAUAAAGUACCUUGUGAAAACGUCAGCAGCAACAAGUUAUUUCCUCAUUGGGUUGCUCUGCAAUAGCUAAUUCAAAGAUUUGUUGUGUUCUGUAUCUGUCCUGCCAUGCUCAUUGACUGGCAGGCUCUGUAUGAAGCUCUCUCCAGCUCUUCAAAAGAUAGAGCUGCUACAACCUGGAGGUAGGUCUGAGUGAGCAGUUACCUUACAUUUUUUGAACACCAUGUUGUUUUGAGGGCUCUUUCUAAUUUUUGCAUUUAAGUUGUAUUGAAGUUACCUUUUGGUUUAUCCUGGUCAUCUAGGCCAGACCAGUAGCAGAACGCGUUUGUAUAGUCAGGCUGUUAAAUCUCUUUCCUCUGAAAGAGUUCUCUAACUGAUUUGGGUGAAUCAAGGCUGAUAGGCUCUCAAUGAAACAGGGAGAGCUGCCUGUAUUUUUCAGACUUUUAACUCCAAUCCUAAGGAAUGCUGAGCUUGGAAUAAUAACAGCCACCACCAGUUUGAAAGCCAAGGGGGCUUAAAAUACAUGGGUUUAGGACUUGGGACUUGCUACACCAGAAAGGGAGGUGAUGGGGAAGAUUCUUGACAGGCAUAGGAAGUGUCACUCUUGUACUAGCCCGUGAGUUUAAGAUUUUUGCACACUGUUGUAAGCCUCUUGUUUUCAGUGAGAGACACAGUUUUCCAGUAAUUCUGUUUUUUAUAAUUGUACAUUGGCUUCCUGCUGUGAGAUCUGAGUGGAUUUCUGCUUAGCCUGGCUAUGCUUUUGUCAGAAGGAAACUUGUUGCAAAUUAGAGGGGGGGAGAUGAUGACUUUAAAUCAGAAAGUAAUAGAGGAUCAGGAAACCUUUCCAGUAGUCUCUGGAGAGCUGAACAUACAGGACAGGUUUUACCUGCAAUGGAGGGGAGUGGCACAGUGGCCUCACUGUCCCUUUUGGGCAUGAGGUUCCAGGAGAGCCAUAGGGUCAAGAAGUGGUUUUUGCUUUUCUGGGACAAAUAUAUUAAGCAAUGUGUUGUUUGCUGUCUAUUAGUGUCUGACCAUCUGAAACUGAAAGCUACCUAUGUACAAGAGACCUCCGAGCACUUUUCCUCCAUCGCAGGUUACUCCUGUGCCUUCUGCUAAUGUGUCCUUGUAUUCCCACUAGUGAGCAACUGUGCUAUGCGUUUGGCUGCCA